GUCCUCUAUGUAUCUCUAUGCUCCCUCAUCAGAACAAUGGGGCCGGGGUAGUUGUAUCACCUCUGGGUAAAACACUCGGGUUAGUAGACGAUUACACCACUCCUGUUACGAUAUAUCUACCUCGUUAAAGGUUGGCCUAUACAUGAGCGAAUUCUGUUUUCAUCGUGUGGAUUGCGCGCCAGACCGGUGCGUCAACUGCGAUGGAAAUAUCGAGUUGCAGUUCGUGACUGACAGCGGCAGCUGAAUCUUCUCAUGAGACCUGGGCGGCUAUGGUGGUGUCCCUGCCUAACUGAUGUGAGGAGCACACAUACUUUUACAGACUAGAUGACAGCAUAACACUCUCUCCGGACAGCUGCUGUCAUUCGGAAGAGUACUGUCACCGGCGGUUGACCUCGACUAGAAGACACAGUUGAGAAAAGGAAUUCCUUAACCAAUAUAUUUCAUCAAGAGAAGACGUAGCCAAUCUUCGUAAUCCAAAGCAAGUGGUUAGGGGGUGACUAGUAGGCUAUGGGAGCAUUAUGCUUUCCCGAAAAGGACUGAUCCCGGACGACUACUUGCUUACCCGCUUGGCUGAGGAUGUCCAGCAGCCUAAAUUCAAGGCGUCAAAAGCGCGGAAGGCUCGUUUCGUCGCCAAAAACGGAACCUGUAAUGUGGCCCACACGAACAUUCGCGAACAGGGACGGUUCCUACAGGAUGUUUUCACCACUUUAGUGGAUCUAAAAUGGCUUCACACGCUUAUAAUUUUCACUAUGUCAUUUCUGUGCAGCUGGCUGCUGUUUGCAAUGGUUUGGUGGCUCAUUGCCUUUGCGCACGGCGACCUGGAUCAAAAGGGUGACGACUUUGUCCCGUGCGUGACGGACAUCCACUCCUUCUCAUCUGCGUUCCUUUUCUCCAUAGAGGUACAGGUGACCAUCGGGUUCGGGGGGCGCAUGGUCACAGAGGAAUGCUUGUCUGCCAUAGUGGUCCUCAUCAUUCAGAACAUCGUGGGUUUGCUGAUUAACGCCAUAAUGCUGGGGUGUAUCUUUAUGAAGACGGCCCAGGCCAACCGGCGCGCCGAAACGCUGAUCUUCAGCAAGCACGCCGUCAUCUCCAUCCGAAAUAACAAACUGUGCUUUAUGAUCCGUUUAGGGGACCUGCGGAAGAGCAUGAUCAUCAGUGCCACCGUGCGGAUGCAGGUGGUAAGGCGCACCACCACUUCGGAGGGUGAGGUGGUCCCCCUGGACCAGAUAGACAUUCACAUGGACAACCCCGUGGGGACCAACGGUAUUUUCCUGGUGGUCCCUCUCAUCAUAUGCCACGUUAUUGACAAAGACAGCCCGCUCUACGAGCUAUCGCCAUUGGAUUUACAAAAUAAUGAUAUCGAGGUGGUAGUGGUGCUGGAGGGGGUGGUGGAGACCACAGGGAUAACAACCCAGGCCCGCACAUCCUACCUGUCUGAGGAGAUACUGUGGGGGCAGCGCUUUGUGCCCACUAUAUCCGAGGAGGAGGGCAUGUAUGCGGUGGACUAUUCUAAAUUCGGCAACACAGUUAGAGUAGCGACACCCAGCUGCAGUGCCAAGAAACUGGAUGAGAAGGGAGGCAUCGCCAGGUUUAAACUGCAAGAGCACGCGACCCCGCGGCCGUCGGUGAGAAGGCGGCGGCUCUCACUACGCAUGAAGCAAUACAGCACCAUCAGCCCACUAGCCUAAAUAGCCUACUUUUACAGGUAUAAAGGAGUUGCCAUUGCAUUUUGUAUAUGAAAGUAAUAGAUUUGUAUUACCUAUUGAAUUGUAAUGGAUAACUUUGUAAUACUACAGAAAUGAAAUGUUUCUUAUGUUCUAGCAGUGUUAUUCUGUUCCAUGACACCCACAGGGUGUGUUAUUCUGUUCCAUGACACCCACAGGGUGUGUUAUUCUGUUCCAUGGCACCCACAGGGUGUGUUAUUCUGUUCCAUGGCACCCACAGGGUGUGCAGGCCUUUUUCUUGCCCAGUCCUAACACCUGCUUCAACCAAGGACGUGAUUAGCAGUAGCGUGUGUAACAGUAUAACUUUAGGCCGUUUCACAUCCGUUACACGUGCAUCAUGGGUAAAAAUCACUGCGGAAGCCAGAAUUUUUUUUUGAUAACCUGCUAGUUCAUAUGCCUUGCGACCGUGAUACCAUGGAGAGUAAUUGCAAGUUGCAAAGAAAACGAGCUGCCUCCACUAUUCCAGCACCAUUUCAACAUCAUCAAAUCACCUCUGCUUAGUCUAAUACAGUGACAACCAAAAACAAUUUAGUCCAAUCAACAUAAGCUAAAUAUGUGGCUGGCCAUGGUUCUGAUUUGUGUGUGCGCGCAAGCAGGAAAAACGUUGGGUCAACCUACCUGUAGAGUAAUUGACUACCGUAGUCGUAAUAUCCAUAAAACCUAGCAGUCAAUCAAUGAAAUGGUUCCAAUCGUUUUUCCACCAUUUUUCCCAUUGUGGAUUUUAGAAACUGAAAAUAAGGGCUGUGCUUUGUGUAGGCUUACCCAGGAGUGACAUUUUGAUAACUGUAAAUCUCUCUAGGACAAGGUGACUUGUAUCAAAAUAUUUUCCUGUAUUUACCCCACAAAAAUAAAAUACUAAUUAGCUGAUGUGUCUAUCAGAAAUAACUACAAAUCCAAUGAGACUGCUGAAUCAAGGCAAAGAAUCUCUGGAUUAACUAUGUUAGGUAAAUGUAGUAAUUAAUAAAUUGACAAUUCUGUCAACUGUCUUGUGCAAGUUUUAAAUUGACACAAUACCUGUUAGUAAAACUGUCAGCCAGAGGUGACUUGCAGGGAUUCUUGCUUGAGAAAUGAAUCUUUGCCAAGAAGCCAUUUUUGUUUCUUUUUGACUAUUUCACAUGAAAAUAAUCACAGUAAGGUGCUUACUUGUUACGCCAAAAUUUGAAAUCGAGAUAAAAAUGUCUGCACUGGAACUUUAAAUAGAAUCAUUAAAUUAGCAUUAUUUAGAGCCCCCAGAUAGACUUUUGUUGCAUUUAAAGCUGCAAUAUGUAACUUUCACAUAUAAAUAUGAGUUAUAGAUCUGUCACUCAUUGAAAGCAAUUCUAAGAAGUGCAGUGCACCUUUAAUGGGGCUCACACACACUCCCCCCUGUAAUUCAUACUCAGCGCUGGACCAGAAGAAAAACCUUCACAGCCUGUGGGUAUAGUAAAGACCAGGAUCAAAGAACACUAUUUUGUAGCCCAAUAGCUCUAUUAUAGACUGCAAUGUGAAUGCGACAUUACCUGAAGCAUUAGGUGAUUUUAGGUGCCUGAAUGUCUUGUUUUAGCAAUCCCACAAUAUGCACGUAUCAAAUACAUUCUUAAUCAGGGUCUUAAAUGAAAACAUAUGCACAUGUAUGACGGAAUGCAGUUUGAUAGAUUUAUAACAUUAUGCAAAGUUACGCAAGUACUGUAUCCAGUUCGGAGGCAGAGGCCAGUGUGUGUGUACUGGUGCCCAACACUCCCACUGAAGAAUGAGCCUCCUGCAGGCUUUCCAUCUGGCACUGCAUUAAAACCAGUAGAACUGACACUGUGGCCCUUGAGGACUUCAGCACUGCUGAUCUACAUAAUGAUGCUCUUGUAUGGUAAAAAUCACUAUGGUUUUUGAUAGUGUUUAUGCAAAGCUCGACUUCGGCAAUAAAGAGGAAAUGCCUGUUGAAAAGCACUUGACAUGUA